CGUCACUUCUGUCAAAAUUUGUUGUGUCAUGUCUUCAUGUAAUAUUUUUGUCUCACAAUAACAAAAGAAAUUGCGAAAGGUAAUAUUAAAAUAAAGUGAAAAUCUUUAUAACUGUGUUUGAAAACUGAAGCUGAACAAUCCCUCAUAAUGCAUUGGUUCGGUGGGACGAUUGCCGAAGCGGUAACACUAUCAAAACAAAAAAAUGCUAUUUUCGUCGUUUUCGUUGAAGGUGACAAUGAUCAAUCCAAAGAGUUGGCUGCAACAAUAGACGAUCCAGCUGUGUUGAAACACUUGGCCAAUGAAAACAACUUCCUCGCUAUCAAGUUGACGAGUGGAUCGGAGAAUUACACAUACUUUGCACAGAUCUAUCAAUUCGUACCUGUACCAUCGCUAUUCUUCAUUGGACGUAACGGUACACCCUUGGAGGUUGUGUGCGCUGGGGUACAGGCAACGAACCUUGCUGAGAGGAUCGAUCGGAUACUUGAGGAGCAUUACAAAGGCACAAAAACAACGGUCCAACCGUCCACCUCGGGCCAGAAUAUAAAGCAACAAACAACAAGCCUGUUGCAAUCUGAAGCAGCAGUGACUGUUGCUACCAAACCUGAAGCAUCUUCAUCAUCAGAAAGUGUUAAGAGUCCAGAAGUACUGUCGCAUGAGAAACCAGAAACAUCAGAACCUCCCCCAAAGGUGCCAAAAACGACCCACCACGAAGUGACUCGCUCGGGGGCGGAAUAUGACGUUGUGUGUGAUGGGGAUGUUUGUACAAGGGUGCCGAAGGACAAUGCUAAUGCACCGGGACCUAGCGGGGUUGAUGCAAAUAAGACAGUAGAAACGUCGUCAAGUGACAUUAGCGCAGAAGAGAAGAUGGAAAGAGCGAAAGAGCUGAUCGAAGCGAGACGGAGAGAGAAGGCGGAGAAAGAGAAAGAGUUAGAAAAGCAGAAAGAGUUAGAGAGGCGGGCCACUGGGCAAGGGGUCGCGGAGUUGAAGAGAUGGCAGGCGGAUCAGGAGAUGAAACAAAUACAGGAGGAACGUAAACGCGAGAAACUCGAGAACGAUCUAGCGAGGCAGCGUAUAUUGGAGCAGAUUGCACAGGACAGGGCCGAGCGGAGGGCCAGGGACUUGCCCCAACCGCCGCCGGUGCAACAAGUGCCCCAUGCUACGGUUGGUGACGGAACUACCCGCGCUCGAGUACAAUUCAAGUUAAGUGACGGCGGUUCGCACACCGUACACUUUGACACUAACACCACACUUGCCGAAGUGCACCGGUAUGUGGCGGAUAACUUGCAGAUGUCGCCAACCUCCUUCUCCCUAUGGACGGCAUUCCCUCGCCAAGAGCUAACCGCCGAUACAGCAACUUUGAGAGAACUACAACUAGUCCCAUCGGCCGCACUAUUAGUAUUGCCGAGACGUAGUCCACCGCCCGCUAACAGACCGGCACCGGUCGCGUCGCUCAUAUCAUUCUUCACGCAACUGUUUACAUCGCUAAUCCUCGAUCCAUCAUACCAAAUAUACACUUGGUUGCGUGGUCGUCUCUUCGCCACACCACGAGUGCGUGGCCCAAGCGUUGGCCCAACCAGCCCCACUACACCAACCGGUACAGGCCCUAGUGGCUCCAACGUUGGCAAUAUUGGGCCAAAUGGUAUUAGACGCAGGGGCAAUAUACACAGGCUCACCGGUGAUAGACCCGGUGAUGAUGAUAAUAACACGUGGAACGGGAAUUCUACGCAGCAAAUGUGAGGUAAAACCGCCAGUGCUGCCAUGUAUGUGAAGAUAGCUUAAUCGAAAUUUCAAUUUGUUAUUUAGGGCAAGGAUGUUAUUUAAAAAUUAGUUUAAAAAUAAAAAAUUGUUCACCAUA